UGUGAAAGGUGUUGUGGGGCUUUAAGGUUAUAAAUAAUUGUAUUGUGCAAGGAGUUUCUGAAACUUGAUCUGUUUCCUAGCUUUAUAAAAAGGCAAGAGUCAGAAUAUCACAGGAAUCUGAAUCCAGACAAGAUGAAGACCACUGCCUUUCUGUUGUUAUCUCUUUUCCUCUACAGUCUGUCUGGGGCACAAGAAGAAACAAUUUUUUCAUGCAAUCCUGACAUAUGUAAACUGAUUAAAGACUUUGGUGCCAUGAAGGAGAAACUGCGCACUACAGUAGAAAAACUGACAGCCAUUGAAACCGAAGUUAAAGAACUGGAGAACAACAGGAAAACUAAGGUGAUCUUUUCGGCAGCCAUAGGCGGGUCUGGUGCCAUUGGGCCAUUCAACCAGGACACCACCCUGAUCUACAGAAGAAUCUUCACUAACAUCGGCAGUGCCUACAACCCAAGUACAGGUGUAUUUGUUGCUCCUGUUCAAGGGGUCUACCACUUCACCUUCUUCUACCAUGCCGGAGGAAAUCUACGCAAUGAAAUUCUCUUGUUCAAGAAUGAAGAGCAAAUUGCUGCCGCGGCUGACCAUGCUUCGGAAGCUGAUACGGCUGACAACGGAGGAAAUGCGGUCAGUCUCCAGCUGGUGGUCGGGGACCGAGUCUACAUACGUCUCACGGCUAGCACGCAUGUCUGGGACUCGAUUGGCGUCACUACAUUUAGUGGCUUCCUGCUCAGCUGAGUGUGAUGAAAUAUAUUGGUAGAGAACAGUACUAGCAAUGCCAGGAUAGGGGGUUUGAUUCCCGGGGCCACAUGGUAAUCAAAUAUAUGUGUCUGCGACUGUCUUGCUACAUAUUAAUCGGUCUUCUAAAAGGGAAAUGAUCAUUUUGUUGAUGUUGUGUUCAAUACAUCCUUAGCUCAUUAUUUCUCUAUACAUUUUUUAUAUCAUCAUGUAUUUUAUACAUCCUGUUUGCUCUGUUCAGACUUACAUUGCUAGAAUAAUAUUGGUAGCCCUGGUCUGUUUAUUUCCAUCUUUAUAGCAUCUCCAAUCUUGCUGUAGUUCGGAUAUGAUUGCAGUGUUGAUGUUACACUUUCUCAUCAAAAAUAAAUUCCUAUCAGCAUCAGAAA